GCAAGCCACAAGCACCCAGGCCAAGACGUCACUCGUUGCUUGUUUCAAACAAUUGAAGGUCAGCCUUCUUGUAGACUAAGGUCUUGGUCGGUUUUCCUUUUCAGCCGCCAACAGCCCUCCCAACGUUGGAGAUACCUCUGUGACCAGUUCUUUGAGCUCCCCAUUGCCAAGACUGGUCCUCCGAACCCUGCCCACGACUUUUACACCCUGAUCGCCCCGGUGCAGCGACCUCCAAAAUGAAUCAAAUCCGCGCGAUCCAAGCCCUAAACAAGCGCGAGCUCGAAGCCGGCAUCCAUAACCCCAACGCCUCGUGGCAUACCGACUACCGCGACACGGCCUUUGUCUACUUCGGCGGCCUGCCCUACUCCCUGAGCGAAGGCGACGUGAUCGCCAUCUUCUCGCAGUAUGGCGAGCCCGUGUUCCUGAAGCUCGUGCGCGACGCAGAGACGGGCAAGAGUAAAGGUUUCGGAUGGCUCAAGUACGAGGACCAGCGCAGCUGCGACUUGGCAGUCGAUAAUCUGGGCGGUACGGAGAUCGCGGGGCGGCUGCUUAGGGUCGAUCAUGCGCGGUAUAAGGGGCGGGAUGAUGAGGACCUGGAGGAGUGUAGGAUUGGGUGGGACGACCUACAGCGGAGGGAGCGGAUGGACAAGGUUGCGCGAGGUGACGAUGUCGAAAUGAAGAAUGCGAGCUCUGAGGAAGAGGAGGCAGAGGCGCCGCGGCCCAUGAUACAAGAAGAGCGCGACUUGGCAAGACUAAUUGAGGAACACGACGAAGACGAUCCCAUGAAAGCCUUCCUGGUCGAGGAGAAGAAGAAAGAGGUUGAGAUGGCGCUGCAGAAGAUGGACACAAAGAAAGUUAAGGAAAGGAGGCACAAGCACAGGCAUCACCAUCAUCGGAGUCAUCGAUCGAGGAGGGACGACAGCGAAGAUGACCGAGAACGCAGACACAAGUCCAGACGGGAGGAGACGCCCGUGUUAGACAAGCGCAGAGACGGGACGCCUGAAGGAAGGGAUAGAGACCGAGAUCGGCACCGCGAGCGUAGACAUCGUGAUGGAGAUCGAGAGCACAGGCCCCGCGGAGAAAGACGUGCUCGUUCUCAAGACCGUGAUGUGCAAAAAGAUCGAAGAGCAGAUCUUUCCCCAGAUGGAAGCGAUGGCCACGAGCGGAGGAGAGAGCACGAACGCCGCCGAGAGCGUGCUUCGAUCGAUCACAGUAGAGACCGGAGGCACCGGCAGCGAAGCAGAUCGCCCUGACACAAAUCAAGUUGAAUUCGCUGC